AUGUCAUAUUUACUGCCACGGUCGAGGGUUCUCGCUUCAGCGCGUCUUACUUUCCCCAUUGCCAAACGUGCAUGCUUCUCUACCACUGCUCGACGACUCCAACAACAACAGACCACUGAACAGUCGAAAACAACUCACUUUGGUUUCCGCAAUGUCCCCGAAGAAGAAAAAGAAUCUUUAGUACGACAAGUGUUUGCCAAAGUUGCAGGCAACUAUGACAUAAUGAACGACGCCAUGAGUUUAGGCAUUCAUAGGAUUUGGAAAGAUCAGUUUAUUCGUUCCAUGGCACCUGGUCCGGGUACUAAACUUUUAGACGUAGCAGGAGGAACUGGUGAUAUUGCUAUGCGAUUCUUGGAUUAUUGUCGAAACAUUCACCAGGAUACGACAGCUAGUGUAACCAUGGUUGACAUCAAUCCACACAUGUUGGAAGAAGGCAAGAAGCGAUUCUCUAAGAGCCCUUAUGCAAACACCAACCAGACCCAGUUUUAUGUACAAAAUGCAGAAAACCUCGAAGAAAUUCCCGAUGAGUCAAUGGAUGUUUAUACAAUUGCAUUCGGUAUUCGUAACUGCACACAUGUUGACCGCGUUAUCAAGGAGGCAUAUCGUGUAUUGAAGCCUGGAGGUCGUUUUAUGUGCUUGGAGUUCAGCCGGGUGGAUAAUCCCGUCAUUGGAAAAUUCUACGAUCUGUACUCUUUUGACGUCAUUCCUGUUCUUGGCCAAGUCAUUUCCCAAGACCGUGAUUCAUACCAAUAUCUUGUUGAGAGCAUUCGCAAGUUCCCACCACAAGAGCAGUUCGCACAAAUGAUUCGUGACGCAGGCUUUUCAACGGUCGGCAAAGGCUAUGAAGAUUUAACCUUUGGCGUUGCUGCCAUCCACAGCGGUUUCAAGAUUUAA